GCCUGGACAUGAUGAGACAAUGAAGACAGAAUUCAAGUUCUCCAACCUUCUGGGCACUGUCUAUGGCCGAGGGAAUCUUGUCUUCACGCCCGAUGGCAACUCUCUAUUGUCGCCAGUGGGCAACAGGAUCUCUGUCUUCAAUUUGACGAAAAACACUAGCUACACUCUCCCUUUCGCUCAUCGAAAGAACAUCACCCACCUCGACCUCACACCAGAUGGGAACCUACUACUCACGAUUGAUGAAGAUGGGCGAGCGAUACUAUCCAUAUUCCCCAGACGACUUGCUAUCUACCACUUCUCAUUCAAGACUCCGGUCACCUCUCUAGCGUUCUCACCAGACGGACUGCACUUUGUUGUUGGACUGGGAAGAAAGAUACAAACGUGGAGGACACCCUCAACACCCAGUGGAGCUGCCAAUGGAGACCUUGAAUUCGCGCCCUUCGUGCUUCUUCGGGAAUAUGGCGGCCAUUUCGAUGAGGUGAGGCACCUCAGCUGGUCAGGCGACUCGCGUUUCUUCCUGAGCGCUUCCAAGGAUCUGAAUGCCCGGAUAUGGAGUUUGGAGCCUGAGGAUGGUUUCGAGCCAACGGUGCUAUCCGGCCACAGACAACAAGUCAGGAAUGCCUGGUUCUCGGCCGACCAAGAAUCGAUCUAUACUGUCAGUGAAGACGGAGCUCUUUUCCGGUGGGAGUUCGCGCCCAGACAACAAAACGAGGACGAGGACCCAACUGAGCUUGCUGACGAAAGAUGGCGAAUUGUGCAGCGGGAGUAUUUCAUGCAGAAUGCCAAAUUAAAAUGUGCUGUAUACCACCCAGCCACGAACUUGCUCACUGUUUGUUUCGACAAUGGCCUGUUUUCUCUGUAUGAGAUUCCAUCAUUCUCCAACAUCCACAGCCUAUCCAUGGCUUCUUCUCCUAUCUCUACCGUCACCAUCAAUAAGACAGGAGAAUGGCUGGCAAUGGGAUCUUCCAAGACUGGUCAGCUGCUCGUGUGGGAGCAUGCUUCGGAGUCGAACAUCCUCAAGCAGUCCUCCCACCUCGAUGCUCUCACCACGUUGUCAUAUUCCCCGGACUCGACACGAAUCAUCACAGGAGCUGAUGAUGGACUGAUCAAAAUCUGGGACAUAGCAUCUGGCUUUCACAUAGCAACCUUCACCGAGCACACUUCAGCAGUUACGGCAUCGGCAUAUUCAAGGAGAGGAAAUAUCCUUUUUACUUCAUCUCUCGAUGGCUCAGUCCGUGCUUGGGAUAUGCUCAGAUAUCGGAACUUCCGAACGUUCACCGCCCCAACGCGGUUAUCUUUCUCCUGUCUAGCCAUAGAUCCGUCAGCCGAAGUGGUUUGCGCAGCAUCUCACGAUUCCUUCGACAUCCACUUAUGGUCGGUUCAGACCGGUGCUCUGCUCGAUCAGCUAUCUGGGCAUGAAGGCCCUAUAUCCACGCUCGCUUUCACACCAGAUGGACGAUAUCUUGUCUCAGGAUCUUGGGAUCACACUAUCCGUGUAUGGUCGGUCUUUGACAGGUCGCAGACUUCUGAAGUGCUGCAACUCACCUCAGACCUCCUAUGUAUUGCUAUUCGCCCCGACUCUGCGCAAAUUGCUGCUUCCACACUGGAUGGGUCUCUCACAUUCUGGAGUCUUAACACAUCAAUACAGGAGUCUGGCCUUGACGGCCGACGAGACGUAAGUGGAGGCCGUACAUUGACCUCUCGACGCACCGCGGCUUCGACGCCAGGCACGAAAUCAUUCAACACAAUUACGUAUUCUGCUGACGGAACCUGCUUGCUUGCGGCAGGAAACAGCAAGUAUAUCUGCUUGUACUCGGUCACCACUCUGACAUUGAUUAAGAAGUACACCGUCUCUAUCAAUUUGAGUUUGGACGGUACUCAAGAAUUCCUCAACUCCGCUGCCAUAAUGUCUAACGGCCUUCCUCGGGAUAUGAUCGAUACUGAAGGCGACGCAAGUGAUCUUGAAGACAGAAUUGAUCGAAGCUUGCCGGGAGUCAAGCGUGGCAGAGAUGCCACGGCCAGAACUCUUCGGACAGAAGUACGUGUUACUAGCGUCGAGUUCGCUCCUACCGGCAGAAGCUUCUGCGCAGCAAGUACGGAAGGUUUGUUGAUUUAUAGCCUCGAUAACACGGGUAUGGAGGACUUCGAUCCUUUUGACCUCGACAUCGACGUCACGCCACAGAACAUCCGUGCGAUCCUCAAGCAGCCUGAACCGGAACAUCUCAAAGCGCUGAUCAUGGCGUUCAGAUUGAAUGACAGACCUCUGUUGCGAAAGGUCUAUGAGUCUGUGCCCUACGAGGCAAUACCGCUUUUGAUCCGGGAGCUGCCUAAGGUAUACCUUGGUCGACUGUUGAUGCUUUUGGGACAACAGAUGGAAAAUAGCCCGCAUCUUGAGUUCGCCUUACGUUGGGUUGGUGAAGUCUUGAGUGUCCACGGACGCUACAUCAAGGAAAGGCAAGGCGAGUUCGCCAGUGAACUCCGGGCAGUGCUACGAGGAGUAGACGGUGUAGGAAAAACAGUCAGAACGCUGAGCGAGCGUAACGCAUUUGAGAUUGAGUUCCUGUGUCAGCAAUCUUCAAGCAACGAUCAAUCUGCGCUUCAACUGCUUGGGGAGAAGCAACACUCGCUCACUAAUGGUUUCGUCAAUGGCGCGAAUGACGAUGAAGGCGAAUGGAUGGGCCUUGAGUGAACGGUCUGGUGACGCUCUCUAUUUCGAAUGACCCUCUCUCUGGGGUUGAUGACACGGAAGCCCCGACUUCGCAGCAUUUGUGGCUGGACAAUUCUAUCAUAGCUACAUCACCACCGACGAUAUCGACGUGGAUGCAAAGAGUCCAGUCAUUAUUCCACAGCCCAAGAUCCCAGCUGUCUAUGGCCUUGGCUUCUAGCUGCUGUGACUUCUUGACAUGUUCACACAUGUUGAUGAGUCGGUCGAAUGUGGUCGACAACUUCAAAGUACGGCAGAUGCGGUCUGUGAGUCAGGCAAGUUUCUUGCUGGGAGAGUGUCUUUAGCUACGCUGUUGUCAGCCGGCCUGAUUGAAGUCUUUGGGCGACUCGUCCAUGAUGUCGACUGUCACGAGACUUUGUCUGUUAACAAUGCCUUGCUUCGCGCAAACCAAGCAUGGUGUACCGUUUGUCGUUAUGCAGGCUCGUAUGAUCCCUGGAUUCCCCCGAAUGACUCCCCGAUCUUUAAGAUACUGAAGACAAGGCCUCAGUCUGUGCCAUACAACCAAGACAGCCAGACACAGCAACUUGAAUUCUUACAACCCUUUCAGCUACAGCAGAUCUAGCAGAUCAAAUUCACUAACUACAUCCAAGAUGUACUACAGUGCCAAUUCGACAAAAUUCCCAUCAACCAGGGGAAGUACAAACUUUCCUGCUGCAAAUAUUGUCAAAUGGUCGAUGACACACCUAAGAUUGAAGAACAUAAACCGAUGUGUGUGGAGAAUCCGAAUCGCAAAUGAAGCAACUCGCCCAGCUUGUUGCGAGCUUGAGCAUGUACCCAACCACUGGACGAGAUUCGACUCUCGGUUCAGCUUUCUAUCAUGCGGCCGCAGAAGUCUGAUGGCGUGCUUACGCCUGCGCUGUGGUCGUUUGUAGCUCUCAGACACAGGGAAGGCUCGAAGGUCUUGGGGCAUGGGCUCAAGAACACCAUAGCGACUGUGUUGUUGUUCUUGUUUUCACCCACUUCGUCUGUGGGCGCCGACUUUAAGCUGUAUGGAGCAAGACUAAGGCCCAGUAGCAAUUAAAGCUGGCUUUUCACGAACAAUUCCCUAUGUAG